AGAGCAAGCAGAAGAGCCUCGGCAGCGGGCGAAGCAGCAGCGAGCCGGAGCAGCGAGCAGGAAGCGGUGCGGGCGGGCGCAGGAAACAAGACUCUAAAGAGCGCAAAGCAAAGGACAUCGAGAGAGAAAGGCUCCCGAGGAGGAGAGGAGGGGGGUGCCAGGAAGAGCCGGCUCGGGAAGGGCGGGGCCUCCGAGGAAGGAGGAGGAGGAGGAGCAGCAGGAGGAGGAGCAGCAGCAGGAGGCGACGAGCCCACCGCGCAGGCGCAGGAAGCGGGGCUCCAGCGUUAAAGGGGUCCUGACAGGACAAGAGAGGCCGCCGGCCGGGGGGGCGCCAUGUCCUCCCCCAGCCCGGGCAAGAGGCGGAUGGACACCGACGUGGUCAAGCUCAUCGAAAGCAAGCACGAGGUCACGAUCCUGGGAGGACUCAACGAAUUUGUAGUAAAGUUCUAUGGACCACAAGGAACACCGUACGAAGGUGGCGUGUGGAAAGUUAGAGUGGACCUUCCCGACAAAUACCCCUUCAAAUCCCCGUCUAUAGGAUUCAUGAAUAAAAUUUUCCAUCCCAACAUCGACGAAGCGUCAGGAACUGUAUGUCUAGAUGUAAUUAAUCAGACUUGGACAGCUCUUUAUGAUCUGACCAAUAUAUUUGAGUCGUUCCUGCCCCAGUUGCUGGCCUACCCCAACCCCAUAGACCCCCUUAAUGGUGACGCGGCAGCCAUGUACCUUCACCGACCAGAAGAAUACAAACAGAAAAUUAAAGAAUACAUUCAGAAAUAUGCAACAGAGGAAGCACUAAAGGAGCAGGAAGAAGGCACCGGGGACAGCUCUUCAGAGAGCUCCAUGUCUGACUUUUCAGAGGACGAGGCCCAGGAUAUGGAAUUGUAGUAAAAGAAGCGCCCUGCUUUUCAGAGAGACUGACUUCCUAACCAUGCGCUGAGAAGCAGACUAUAAUAUUCAUAUUUAAACAAAGCAAUUUUUUAUUACUAAACAAGGUUUUUAUGAAUAAUAAUAGCAUUGAGAUAUAUAUAUAUAUAUACACACAUCUAUAUAUAUAUAUCACCCUUUAGAUCUUGAUUUUUUUUUUUUUCUUCCUCUCGGUCAUUUCUCAGAACCCCCCAAAGUGCAUCGUAGUAGCGCAUUUCCCCGCCCGGCCCACAUUCCACUCGGUAGCAAUACGAAGAAGCCCGGAUGCGCAUUCAUGCAUGCGUCCCCUGCGUAACAGUCCCGUCUGAGCCGAGCCCGUCUGUGGGAUAUAUAGCGCAUAGCGCACCGCCGGGCCCAGCAGCCGCUCCGUUUGCAAAGGAGAGCGUCCGGCAGCCUCCGUUCCUCCUCCUGUUUCUCUUUUUCGUGUUUCCAAAGACAUCCGGCCACCCUCGAAUGGAAGAAAUCAACAAGGAACAGCACUUUGAGGAUUAGGAUGGAAACAAAUAUUUGCAUUAGGAUGUAAACAGAGAUAUGCAUUGGGAUGCAAACAAAGAUAUGCAUUGGGAUGUCAACAAGGAUAUGCAUUGGGAUGUCAACAAAGAUUUGCAUUACAAUGUAAACAAAGAUAUGCAUUGGGAUGUCAACAAGGAUAUGCAUUGGGAUGUCAACAAAGAUUUGCAUUACAAUGUAAACAAAGAUAUGCAUUGGGAUGUCAACAAAGAUUUGCAUUGGGAUGUCAACAAAGAUUUGCAUUACAAUGUAAACAAAGAUAUGCAUUGGGAUGUCAGCAAAGAUUUGCAUUAUGAUGCAAACAAAGAUAUGCAUUAGGAUGUCAACAAGGAUAUGCAUUGGGAUGUCAACAAACAUGCGUUGGGAUGUAAACAAAGACUUGCAUUGGGAUGUCAACAGAGAUAUGCAUUGGGAUGUAAACAAAGAUUUGCAUUACGAUGUAAAAGAUUUGCAUUAGGAUGUCAACAAGGAUAUGCACUGGGAUGUCAACAAACAUGCAUUGGGAUGUCAACAAAGAUAUGCAUCACGAUGUAAACAAAAAUAUGCAUUAGGAUGUCAACAUGGAUGUGCAUUGGGAUGUCAACAAAGAUACACAUUGGGGGAUAGACGGCUCGUGAGACGAGGCAGCAAAGUUGGCGGAGCUUUUGCCGUUUUGCACUUUUCGGACGGAGCUGCAAUUUAAAAAACGAAGCGAACAAAGCCUGAAAACACACAAAUUGCCGGAUUUUUGCAAUUUUGUUUUCCUUUUAAAAGAAGUACAUUUUGUAUGGACUUCCUGCCUGUUUCUAGUCCAUAGAGACCGGUGGAAGAUGGGUCUGUUCGCUUUGGGGAAGCGUAACGAAAGUUUAUCGCCGUUUAUGAGUCCGGAUCCUCGAAAGCGUGCCGUCUUCUUCUUUUUUUGGAAAGAGAAAUGGGGAGCAAAGUACUGUCCCACAUCGGCUUUACUCCCAGGUUUGCAAAACCUUGUCGGGACGGCGUUUUUGCUGCAAAUAGGACCGGUUUGCAGGAUGAACGGCGGGGUUUCUUCGUGCGCUCAGAGAUGGUGGGCGAGCCUCUCGCCGGUCCCGAACCCGCUCCUUUUGUGAAUCGGCAAAGCAGACAAUCCUAGGAAAAUCCAGUCUGAUGGGCCAAGGAGGAAGGAGAGGGGUGGAUCCAGAGAUCCUUCAACAAUUGGGAAUAUUUCGGUAUUAUUAUUAUUUUUCUCCACUUUGAACCCCCUUAGAAGCAACCACGAAUGGUCAGAGAGAGAGAGACCCUUGCACCACGAACGCCUACCUGGGACAUUGAGGAUACUUGAAUAUGGACACUCGCAUGUUCGCCCGGCGGGAUGGGUUUCCAUCUGGACGUUUCGAAAGGGUUUUCAUCCGGAUAUCAUCGGGGUUCCGGUGCCGCCGUCUCCGUUCGGAGCAGCGCUUUGGGAUCGAAACUGGGGUGACUCCAAUAACAAAACAAAACGAAAGCAAGAACACUGAAUGUCAAAGCUAGGCUCCGCAAAUUGUAAUUUUCCCCAUCGAAAGUUCGGGGCCGGUGUGUGUUUUAAUGUCGGGUGGGGAAUAUCGGGAAAAGGACGUACAAUCCUAAAGCGUGAUCAAUUUGCUUUUUUUCUUCCCUGCCUCCCUCCCUCCCUUCCUCCCUUCCUUUGGGGAAAGAAUUUUCUGUAAAGUAGGAUUUAACUUUUGGCAUGAUGAUUAUUAUUAUAAUUAUUAUUAUUUUUCUCCUUUAAUAAAGCAAAAGCAUACCAAAUAUUCGAAUUUACCAGGCAUGACGCGGAAACGACGACACACAAGUAUUGAACUUUUUGGUUUCGUUUUUUCCCUUCUAAUAACCUAGGGCUCUCUCUUCUAGCAACUACGGCUCAUCGGGAGGUAUAGUAUCGACGGCGGGAGACGUAGUGCCGUGCCGUGAAACUUCACUUUAAGCCGGUGUCUUAAGGCAAACUCCUCGGGCGCUCCACUUGCCUUCACCUUAAGCCCGUGUCUUGACUUUGGGGAAAGGCAAGCUCCUCGGACGCUCCGCUCGGUGUGGUUUCCGACCCCUGAGGUGCUAUUUAGGUGUAGGUUUGUGUGCCGAGGUGGCCGUGGCGGUGACGGUGGCCCCCAUUUAAACCAGAAAUAAAAUGUAUUUUUUCAAGACUGUAUAUCUAUAUAUAUAAAAAUGUAAUGUACGUUUGUAGGACUGUGUAAACAACAAAACCACUGAACCAAAUUGCACCAAAUUUGGCCACGAUACACCGACACAUCCAAGGUAUGUCCUUCACUCACCACCACCACCCACAAAAAAACCCCGGAUUGGCCUAGGUAUAACACAGCCAGGCAUUGAAGCUGCAAGGCUAUUCAGUGCAAUUUAGCCAAACCAACAAAAGAUUAACCUUGGUAGAAGGCGGCCAGGCUUUGAAGCAGCGAUACUACUCUGUACGAUUGAAGCUGGCCUACUAAAGAGUCCCCUAGGUAGCAAGCAGCCAGGCUUUGAAUCAGCGAGGCUAUUCAUUGCAAUUCUAGCAGCCCAAAAAACCAUUCCCCUAGAACACAAGUACCCAGGCUUCCAAGCAGCAAGCCUAUUCCGUUGCAUUCUAACUCACCAAACAAGGAUUCCCAUAAGAAGAAAACAGCCAAGCUUUGAGGCUGCAAGGCUAUUCAGGUCAAUUUAGCCAGACCAACAAAGGAUUAACCUUGGUAGAAGGCGGCCAGGCUUUGAAGCAGCGAUACUACUCUGUACGAUUGAAGCUGGCCUACUAAAGAGUCCCCUAGGUAGCAAGCAGCCAGGCUUUGAAUCAGCGAGGCUAUUCAUUGCAAUUCUAGCAGCCAAAAAAAACAUUCCCCUAGAACACAAGUACCCAAGUAGCUUCCAAGUAGCAAGCCUAUUCCGUUGCAUUCUAACUUGCCAAACAAGGAUUCCCAUAAGAAGAAAACGGCCAGGCUUUGAGGCUGCAAGGCUAUUCAGGUCAAUUUAGCCAGACCAACAAAGGAUUAACCUUGGUAGAAGGCGGCCAGGCUUUGAAGCAGCAAUACUACUCUGUACGAUUGAAGCUGGCCAACUAAAGAGUCCCCUAGGUAGCAAGCAGCCAGGCUUUGAAGCAGCCAGGCUAUUCAUUGCAAUUCUAGCAGCCCAAAAAACCAUUCCCCUAGAACACAAGUACCCAGGCUUCCAAGCAGCAAGCCUAUUCCGUUGCAUUCUAACUCACCAAACAAGGAUUCCCAUAAGAAGAAAACGGCCAGGCUUUGAGGCUGCAAGGCUAUUCACUGCUAUUCCACCUGGCCAAUAAAGAAUUCCCAUACGCCACAGCAACGCAUGGUCGGGCACAGCUAGUACUGUAUACAUAUAAAAAUGUAAUGUACAUAAUUAGGACCGUGUUAACAACAAAACCACUGGGCCAAAUCACACCAAACUUGGCCACAAAACUAAUCGCUUUCCAAGGAGUGACCAUCAAAAAUAAAUAAAAGACAAGACCAGAAAAAUCCCCCAAAAUAAAAAUAAAAACAUUCCCCUAGAAGGCAAGUGCCCAGGCUUCCAAGCAGCAAGCCUAUUCCAUUGUAUUCCAGCUCACCAAACAAGGAUUCCCAUAAGAAGAAAAUGGCCAGGCUUUGAGGCUGCAAGGCUAUUCACUGCUAUUCUACCUGGCCAAUAAAGGAUUCCCAUAAACCACAGCAAUGCGUGGCCGGGCACAGCUAGUGUAUAUAUAUAUAUAUAUACACAUACACACACACAUAUAUAUGUUAUUAGUGUUCUCAAUUCCCUUUUCUUUAUGCAGGUAUUUUUGAAAACCAAAACAAACCAAGUCCCGCACUCCUGACGAUCAGGUGUUUCACUCAUUUGCAAUGACGGACACUUUUCUCUCAUAAGCCAAGCGCCCAUGUCUUUUUAAUUUUUCCGCCCCGGACAAAAUAAUAAUGCCGGUUUCCGUCAAGUGUGCAAAACCAAUUCCCAACACACGUAUGGUCAACUGAACUGCUGCAAUCAGCAAUGCACACACACUUGUGUCUGGAUACUCCCCAGUUCCAGCCACACAUCAAGGACAUCACAGCUUCUUAGUAAUUAACUCUUUCCAGACUAUGUUACACUCUUUUCCCCUUUAUACCCCGAGGCUUCACAUUCGGAAACGGCCACAGGUUUGCAGGAUCCAUUUGCCCUUCGUGUCAUUGAAGGGAUUGGCUUUAAAAAGGAGCCAAAUGGAGAAAUAUUUAACUAUCCUGGGCCAGUUUAUAUGGCAUUCCUCUUUGUGUCCUUUCUCCUUUCCACCUUUUCCUUUGUCUUUCCUCUGAUUCUCCUUUUCCCCAUUGGCUUGCCUGGGUCUUCUCCUUUCUGUUCACUUCCACUAAUAAUAAUAAUAAAUAAAUUUUAUUUAUAGACCCACCGCCCUGUCUCCCAUACAUUUGGAAACUCUGGUGAUUUCCAAAUGUUUGACGACCAUUCGAUGCCCAAAGAAAACUAUACAAAACAGUUUCCAUUAGAAAGCAGGGUGGUUGUGUAUUUUCCGGGCUGUCUGGCCAUGUUUCAGAAGUAUUCUCUCCUGACGUUUUGCCCACAUCUACGUACAUAUAUCUCACAACCUGUGAGGAUGCCUGCCAUAGAUGUGGGCGAAACGUCAGGAGACAAUACUUCUGGAACAUGGCCAGACAGCCCGGAAAACACAAAACAACCCUAUGAUCCCGGCCAUGAAAGUCUUCGCAACUCAUUAGACGACAACCUAACUGUAAUGUAAACAAGAUGACAACCCACAGGAUAAGACUAACAAAAAGAAAUAAAAAUAUAACAUCACAAAAUACAAAACAUAUUAAAAUGAUAUAUAUAAACCUGACUACGUUGAAACUCCAUAAGACUAACAAAAACAAAGCAUCACAAAAUACAAAACAUUAAAACGAUAUAUAUAAACCUGACUAUGUUGAAACUCCAUCAGGUGAGGUUCAGGAGCACAAGAAAGGAACUAAUCAACUAUAAAAAGGUUAUCCAGAAAGUAGAUUACGUUUUGGAAUUAAAAAUGAACAAAGUCUAGGAGAAAACAUUUACCAUAUGCCGUUGAAAGCCAGACCCAAAUACCACGUCUCAACAUAGUUCCCAUUGAAAUCUAGGCAUUUUUCAUAGCGAUAAAAGAGUUUGGAAAGUCCUUCCCAACAAAACUUUGCCACUUGGCUUGCAUCCUCAACCCUUCCCGCAGCUGCGCAUGUGCAUGCGCUCAACUUUCCCCCACGUUUGUCCUGGAUCGCUCUUGUUUUGCAAAUGCUUGCAAGGAAGGUGAUGGCGACCGUUUUUUGGGACAAGAAAGGUGUGCUUCUUGCAAAACCUUAGAAGAGCGAUCCAGGAUGAGCGUGGGGGGAAAGUUCAGCACAUGCGCAGCUGCGGAAAGGGUUGAGGACGCAAGCCAAGCGGCAAAGUUUGGUGGGGAAGGACUUUCCAAACUCCUUUAUUGCUAUGAGAAAUGCCUAGAUUUGAAUGGCGACUAUGUGAGAUAUAUUUGGGUCUGGCUUUCAACUGUGUAUGGUAAAUGUUUUCUCCUAUACUUUGUUCAUUUUUAAUUCCAAAACGUAAUCUACUUUCUGGAUAGCCCUCGUACAUCUCACAGGGUUGAGGACGCAAGCCAAGUGGCAAAGUUUGGUGGGGAAGGACUUUCCAAACUCCUUUAUCACUAUGAGAAGUGCCUAGAUUUGAAUGGCGACUACGUGAGAUGUAUUUGGGUCUGGCUUUCAACUACAUAUGGUAAAUGUUUUCUCCUAUACUUUGUUCAUUUUUAAUUCUAAAACGUAAUCUACUUUCUGGAUAGCCCUCGUACAUAUCACAGCAUUGAACGGUUGUGUUGUUAAAAUGCGAAGUGAGAUGCAGAACAUAUUACUAUCUGGCAGUUGUGGACUGGGUUUAGGGAUUAAUCCUUCUCCAAGGCUUGUUGGAACAUCCGACUUUUCAGUUCCUUACGAGAAGAGGGCAGUUUUCCAUUGGUUUGCGUUUGAGCCAGUUUGUAGGGCUCAAAGCACCGUCCUGGUUCAACCUCUUGCAAAGCCAGAUACACAUCCCAUUGAUAAGUUCAUAACAAACCAGGUCCGAAUUCGGUUUUCCCUUCGAAUUUGCAUCUCCAAAUCCAAUGUAGAUUUUGCACUUGUAAAUGGGAUCUUUAAUGCUCAUGCUUGGUCUCCUAAAUUUGGCAAACUAUCACUCAUAGAGGAAACCUUCCCUGUUGUUUUCGGUAUUAAAGCAGAAAGAUUUUCCUAUUUCUUAUUUUGGUAUUUUCCUUUCUUUGCCUUCUUUUUCCUAUCUCCAAACCCUUGACCUCCCAUUGGCAUUUCUUUUCAUAUUACUAGACUUUUAUAUAUAUAUAUAUAUAUAUAUAUAUAUAUAUAUAUAUAUAUAUAUAUGGAGGAAAUCUGGGUAUGAUCUUAAGGUAGGAACCAAGUUGAACGGAGCAUCCUUUGGUUUGGAUCCGGUUCGUAAGACACGGGAGCAAGAGGCCUUUGCUCCCCAAAACAAAUCUGCGGAAACCAAGUUAAUUGAAGGUAGAGUUUUCAGGAUGCUUUCAACAUGGGUGCAAUGCAUGCUUUGGCUUUUUAAGGACAGACAGACGGAACGGCGGAACUGUGAGGGUUGAAUGAAAAGUAAUGCCUCCGCCUUCGUAACUCCUCAACCGAUGGCAGUCCUGGUCUGCGGCAGGUUCUGGCUUGUUCAGUAGACUCUCCUCUACAGUUAGUUCCAUUUGGCGGGAAGCCUUAGCAUUGAACGGUUGUGUUGUUAAAGUGCGAAGUAUGGAACCCUGCGCAGAUGGGGAAGCCUAAGCAUUGAACGGUUGUGUUGUUAAAAUGCGAAGUAUGGAACCCUGCGCAGACGGGGAAGACUUAGCAUUGAACGGUUGUGUUGUUAAAGUUCAAAGUAUGGAACACUGCACAGACGGGGAAGCCUAAGCAUUGAACGGUUGUGUUGUUCAAGUGCGAAGUAUGGAACCCUGCGUAGAUGGGAAGCCUUAGCAUUGAACGGUUGUGUUGUUAAAAUGCGAAGUAUGGAACCCUGUGCAGACGAGAAGCCUUAGCAUUGAACAGUUGUGUUGUUAAAGGGCGAAGUACGGAACCCUCUGCAGACGAGAAGCCUUAGCAUUGAACAGUUGUGUUGUUAAAAUGCGAAGUAUGGAACCCUGUGCAGACGAGAAGCCUUAGCAUUGAACAGUUGUGUUGUGAAAGUGCGAAGUAUGGAACCCUGCACAGAAGAAUUCAGUUACUGCAUGUUGCUUAAGUCUCAUUGACCGACCAUCUGCGCAGAGUUCCAUACUUCACACUUUAACAACACAACCGUUCAAUGCUAAGGCUUCCCACCAAAUGGAACUAACUGUAGAGGAGAGUCUCCUAAACAAGCCAGGACCUGCCGCAGACCAGGACUGACAUCUGCUGAGGAUUUACGAAGGUGGAGGCAUUACUUUUCAUUCAACCCUCGUAAUAAUUUAACCCAAGCAAACCCAGAGAUGCCUCUUUGAGUUGACAUUGGAGAGGAGUCUGGAUCUGGGGCUGCCGGUUUUAUAAAUAAUAUAAAUAAAUGAAUACUGUUAUCUUUCUCUCGCUUCGUCUCGAGUUGUGCCGGCACUUUUUGACGUGGGAGAGUGUUGCCGCAUGAGAAAUGGCCAUUUCUUCUUCCUCCUUUUUUUUUUCCCUUUCCUACCAGGUUUUUUUUAAUUUUUAUUUUACUGACUGUACUUGGUUCAUAUUGUGCGAAUACUUGGAAGAGAUUUAAAAACGAAAACACAAAAAGCAAAACACCGGGGUGUCCGUGGAGCCCGUUUUCCCAUUGGAGUCCGAGUCCCGUUUCCCGUCCCUUUGUCCUCUUCUCUUUCUCCUUCCUUUGCAUUGUGAUGAUGUCGUGGGCCUGCCCGGUGCCACUUCUGAGAAUUAUUAUAACCUCUCUCUCUCUCUCUCUCUCUCUCGAAAUAGUUGUGUAUAAUGAAAGAAACUGUAAACUUUUUUUAAAAGAAUAAAAUAUGUAUAUACCUUG